AUGACACUGUAUGGUAUAUUUACAAUAAACAUUAAAGUAUUAUUCAUAUGUUUAAUCAUACUCGGUGAAUUAGCGACCUUAUCCUUGCAAAAAACUGGAUCGAAUCCUAAAGUAGCAACAAAUCGUUCACCGGCAAAGAAAGCUACGCCAAAAAAGAAACAAAAUGACAUACUACUUCCUCCGCCUGUUGUUGUCGAAGAACAAACGUGUUAUAAUAAAUCUAGUGGUGAUGCUAUUCGUUGUCUACCAGAAUUUGCGAACGCAGCAUUUCGUCGGUCAGUUGUAGCAUCGAAUACUUGUGGUGAACGUUGGCAACUUGACUCGACAAAUACGGGUACUGAAUACUGUAUUCAAACAGGCCCACCAAAUAGUGGUAUAUAUGGAGAUUAUCUAUCGGGUAAUGAGCAGAAGAAUUGUCUAAUAUGUGAUAGCCGUGACCCAUCACGAGCUCGCCCACCUGAUUAUAUGACUGAUUUCAAUCAGCGUGGAAAUCUCACGUGGUGGCAAAGUGAGACAAUGCUCGAAGGAACCAAUUAUCCAAAUACAGUUAAUUUAACUCUUAAUCUUGGAAAGACAUACGAUGUGACUUAUAUUAAGUUAACAUUUCAAUCUCCUAAACCGGAAAGUUUUAUUAUUUAUAAACGUACAAAUGAAAAUAGUUCUUGGGUACCCUAUCAAUAUUAUAGUGCAUCGUGUAUGCUUACGUUUGGAUUACAGCCGAAGAAAUAUCCAGAUUUUGAUACAGAAGCUAUUUGUUCGGAAGAUUUUAGUGAUCUAACACCAUUACAUGGAUCAGAAGUAGCAUUCGGUACACUUGAUUGGCGGCCAGGUGCAGUUACAUUUGAUAUGCGUAAAGAUCUUCAAGAUUGGGUAACAGCAUCUGACAUUCGUAUUCAACUUGUUCGUAUGAACACAUUUGGAGAUGAAAUGUUUGGUCAACCGGCUGUACUUCGAACAUAUUUCUAUGCUAUCUCAGAUUUAGCUGUUGGUGGACGUUGUCAUUGUAAUGGUCAUGCAAAUAAAUGUACGAAACAAGGUGGUGAAUAUAAAAAUGAAACUCUUUGCGAAUGUGAACAUAAUACGAUCGGUCGAGAUUGUGACAUGUGCCAUUCGGCUUAUAAUGAUGCACCAUGGCAGCCAGCUGGAGUUAUUGAUGCACAUCCAUGCAAAACUUGUUUUUGUAAUGGUUUUGCUAAAAAUUGUACAUUUAGUCGAGAACUUUAUGAACAUACCGGUCAUGGUAGUGUUUGUAUUGAUUGUGCUGGUAAUCGUGGUGGACCAAAUUGUGAACGUUGCAAACUGGGUUUUUAUAGAUUACCAGAAAGUGAAGGCGAAUGUUUACCAUGUGCCUGUAAUUCUAUCGGUUCGGAAAGCGCACAAUGUGCAACCAACGGCCAAUGUCGAUGUAAGCCGGGCGUAGUUGGUGAUAAAUGUGAUCAAUGUGCACCGUUUCAUUAUAAUUUCGGUUUGAAUGGUUGCACGCGAUGUUCUUGUUAUGAACCUGGUUCUUUACUACCACUUCAAUGUAAUUCUAAAACAGGCCAAUGUAAUUGUAAAACAUUUGCCGAAGGACAAAAUUGUGACAAAUGUCGACUAGGUUACUUCAAUUUGGAUCCCAUGAAUCCAGAUGGUUGUACGAAAUGUUUUUGCUACGGUCAUGCUUCAACAUGUCAAUCAGCACCAAAUUAUUUUUUUAAUCCAAUUCGAUCUUCGUUUGCUCAAGGCGCUGAUGGAUGGCGAGCCGUUAAUCAAACAGGACAUGAAGCACUUGUUUAUAGCGAUACUGGUAGUUAUAUUUAUGUUCAAUCGUUACCUGGCCAAGAUCUCACAUUUGAAGCAUCACCACGCUAUCUGGGUGAUCGUACUUUAUCCUAUAAUCAAUUUUUAACAUUUAUAUUAAUCUUACGUGCGCCUGCAAAUGUUAAUCCUAUGUAUACAGCUACCGAUGUCACUAUUGAAGGUAGUAAUGGUGUUAAAGUUGGUGUUAUCAUUUUGGGAGGAGUUCCACAAACAAUUCCAUCAGAAGAACCACUAGUAUUUCGAUUUAGAUUAAAUGAACAAUCCUGGUCACCGACAUUAUCUUUUCUUGAAUUUAUGCGUCUUCUAUCAAACAUAACAGCGAUCCGCAUUCAUGCUACAUAUGGUAUUGAUAAUGCUGUUAGUUUUCUUGGUGAAAUAAACCUCGGCUAUUCGACACCUUCCGCUGGUCUUUUCCCUACUGGUAAUGUUGAAUCCUGUGUUCCGUGUCCUCAAGGUUACUAUGGAGAACACUGUGAAUAUUGUGCGUUUGGUUAUCGUCGACAACCAUCAUUUGGCGGUCCAUUUGCUAAUUGUGUACCAUGCGAUUGUCAUAAUCAUUCGUUGUCUUGUGAUGUUGAAACUAGCAGAUGCGCAUGUCAGCAUCAUACAACCGGUGAUAAUUGUGAACGUUGUCUACCUGGAUAUUAUGGUCAAGCGCAUCAAGGAACACCAGAUGAUUGUCAGAAAUGCCCGUGUCCAGCUGGUGUAUCAUGUACACAAUUACCACAGGGGAAUGUUGUUUGCUUGAAUUGUCCUGCUGGUUAUACAGGUGAUCGAUGCGAAUUUUGUGACGAUGGAUAUUUCGGUGAUCCAGAAGGUCUCGUAACUGGUGUAAGGCGACCUUGUGAAAAAUGUAGUUGCAGUGGAAAUAUUGACAUAAAUACAAUUGGUAAUUGUAAUACAACAACUGGACAUUGUUUACGUUGUAAUCGUAAUACAUAUGGUGUCUAUUGCGAAAAAUGUUUGCCAGGUCAUUGGGGUGAUGCAUUACUUGACAUAAAAUGUCAUGCUUGUAAUUGCCAUCCGAAAGGCACUCAACGUCAUAGCGAUAAUUCUCUUCUUCAAUGUAAUUUACAGACAGGUCAAUGCCCGUGUAAAUCCAAUGUGCAAGCACGUCAAUGUGAUCUAUGUGAAAAUGGCUAUUGGAAUCUAAAUUCCGAUCGAGGCUGCGAAACGUGCAAAUGUAAUCCUACAGGUGCUUACAAUAUUUCAUGUUCAGUUAGUACUGGUCAAUGUUUUUGUAAGCCGGGGGUAACAGGUCAAUAUUGUGAUCGUUGUUUACCUAAUCAUUAUGGAUUCUCAAGUGAAGGAUGUUCACAAUGUAGUUGUGAUCAAUAUGGUUCACUUGAUGUUCAAUGUGACAUAGCAACUGGUCAAUGUCCUUGUAAGGACAAUUUUAUGGGACAGAAAUGUGAUUUAUGCGAAGAAAAUAAAUAUCGAGACGGUUUCGAAUGUCCAAACUGCCCAUCAUGUUAUCGCGAAGUACAAAAGCGUGUUCAUCGUUAUCGAGGAGAUCUUAAUCUACUGCAAACUGCUAUUUUCACAUUGAAUUCAUCUCAAACACUUAAUUCAUUACGUGAAGAUAAACAUUUAACUAAUGAACUUGACACAUUAGCGACUAAUUUAAAUAGACUCAAAGUUGAUUUAGAUGGAGCAGGAUUUAUCUAUCGAAAUACAUCCGUUUAUGAUCAACAAGACACACAAUUUCGAUUAACUGUAGCCGAACAUGAAGCUCGCUAUCGUAAAUUAGAACGAGAACUACCAGAAUUUAUUACACAAAAUGAUCGCAUUCAAGAUAUUCUUAAGAAAUCAAAUGAUACUUUCCUCAUCGAUACAACAUAUCAAUUAACUCGAAUUAAUAAAUUAUUAAUGACCGUUGAUCCAAUAAGUUAUACAAACGAUAAUAAACAUGAAUCUGCUAUUAAUAAAACUUUACUCAUGCAAACACGUAUUAAUUAUCUUCGUGAAGCAUUAAAACUAUUACAGAAGUCUUAUGAUGAUGCUUUAAAUCAAAGUCUACUAGCUGAAAUUCUUUUCAAUACAAAAUUAAGUAAUUCAGAAGCAUCAAUUCGUGAUCAACUGGAAAAUAAUAUGAAGCAAAGAUUAACAUCACUUGAUCAUCGUCGUCAAAAACUUGUUGAGCAAUCUGCGAGUCUUGUUGCUCGUGUUGAAGAAGCAAAAAUUGCAACAGCAGCAUGGAAAUCAAAUCUAACUAAUCUAUCGGUUGGUCAAUCGGGUCUCACAGUUGAUGUAUCGAAUGAACUUCGAGAACGUGUAACACGAGUUUCUCAAGAUGUUAAAAAAUUUGAAAUUGACAUGAAAAUAUUCGUCAAAGAAAUGUAUGAAUUACAAGAUAUGGCAAAAAAUUUCGAUCGAGAAAUCAAAUCUCUUCAAUUAUCUGUUCAGGAUGCUAGUCGAGAAACUCAAGAUCUAUUUGCUGAUGUAACUCGAACUGAAAAUCAAGCUCAGCAAGCUAUUGAAAAAUCAACAACGAUUGAACGUGAAGUGCAGAACAUUCGUGAAAAUCUUCGUGCAUUUGUUAAUGAUAAAGACGCGCAAAGUAAAGAUGCUGAAACACAAUACAGCCGUCUUGAAACGAUGCAAGAUCGUACAAGUAAUAUAUCACGACAAUAUUGGAUAUUAAAUGAUCAAUAUCGUCUGUUGAAUACGACGACUUUGAAUGCUAUGGAAACUCAUGAGAAACUUAACGUAGAUUAUGAUCAAAAUAGUAUGCUUCAAAACGCCAAUACGAUUAAACAACAAGUCGAUGCAAAAUUAAUUCCAUUAAAAACUAAAACAGAUUCAAUUAAUAAUCGAUCAUCGGUUGCUCUUGAUAAUAUAAAAGAUAUUAAAUCUCAAGCUGAUAUUCAUGUACGUCGUAUUGAGAAAGCGUCUGAAAUCGGUAAAAAUUUAACCAACGAUAUAAAUUCAGCUCGUGAUCAAGUUGACAAAUUAUUCGACCAACUUAAAUCGUUACAAUCAUCAUUGAAUUAUUCAACACAAAUCAAUAUCACUCAUUUAGAUGAAGCCGAAAUUGAAUUUCAACAACUUUCAUUCGAUAGAAUUCUAGUUGCUAUUGAUCAAUUUUAUUCAAGUGCCUAUUUUGUUAAAAAUCAAACCGAUCAAUUUAUUCUUCUUCACGAUGAACUUGAUUAUCAAGUUAACAAUUUACUUGCUAUCGCACAAUCGCUACCAACUGGCUGUUUUAAAACUAUAUCUAUUGAAAAUAGUGAUGGAACACCGGGAGAAAGAUAA